CGUUCGGACUGUUGGCUGGUGCCUCGCGCGUUGUGUGGUGGGGGUGGGGGAAGUGGUGGUGGGGGUGCGCUGUGGCGUCCGCUGACAAGUGUGCUUGUUUUGCUAGUUGUGCCCAUACGCCGGCAGUGGCAGCAAGUUGUUUUCGUCUUCGCUAAUUGCGUCUAGCCAAUGCAGUGGUCUCGAUCGUGCGGAUGCAGUGCAAGGCGACUCCGGUCGGCGGCAGGGACGCUCACGAGCGCGGCCUCGGUGAUCCACUCACCCAGUUUGCGGCAUUGAACAGCACGGAGCGAUAGCCCUGCGCGGCGAUCGAUAGACCGAGAGAGGCCACCGUAGGAAUGAACGCGAUGGAUGGAACUUGUGCCCAUUCGCUGUCCGCGCUGCUGUGUUUGGCCGCGAUGUUGCAGUACGUGAGCCCCUUGCAACCGAACGAAAAAGUCGAGACGGGAGUACAAAACCUCAAGAGUCUGUACAUAGCGGCAGUGUUCCCCAUGAAGGGCCAUGGUGGCUGGCUCGGCGGUCAAGGAUGUCUUCCAGCGGCGCUUAUGGCAUUGGAAGACGUGAACAAGCGAUCGGACCUCUUGAUUGGUUACAAGCUCGAAAUUGACUGGAGGGACAGCCAGUGCAAUCCCGGCCUAGCAGCGACAGUCAUGUAUGACCUGCUCUACAAUGAACCACAGAAAUUGAUGCUGCUCGGAGGUUGCAGCAUUGUCUGCUCUACAGUUGCAGAAGCUGCUAAAAUGUGGAACUUGGUUGUUAUAUCGUACGGGUCUAGCUCACCUGCACUGUCCAACAGAAAACGUUUUCCGACAUUCUUCAGGACACAUCCAUCGGCUACUAUUCACAAUCCCACGCGCAUCAAGUUGUUUCAGAAGUUCUCGUGGUCAAGAAUCGCUAUCAUUCAAGAAGCUGAAGAAGUUUUUAUAUCUACAGGUGAAGACUUGGAAGCACGUUGUAAAGAAGCACACAUUGAAAUUGUUACCAGGCAAAGCUUUCUAACUGAUCCCACUGAUGCAGUCAAGAAUCUUGUGAGGCAAGAUGCACGGAUCAUUGUUGGCAUGUUUUAUGUUGCUGCAGCCAGACGAGUAUUUUGUGAGGCAUAUAAACAGAAUGUGUUUGGCAAGCAGUAUGUGUGGCUUCUAAUCGGGUGGUACGAGGAUGGUUGGUACACAGUCCAAGACAAAGGCCACAACUGCACUACAGAGCAGAUGAAAGAGGCCCUGGAAGGGCACUUCACCACUGAAGCUCUUAUGCUCAAUCAAGGAUCCCAGGAGACGAUCUCAGGAAUGAGCUCACAGCAGUUCCUGGAGCGCUAUGAACGAGCACUUGCCGAGCAAAAUGGAGGCCUGCAGGGCUACAAACCUGAAGGGCAUCAGGAGGCCCCCCUAGCCUAUGAUGCCAUCUGGGCAAUUGCAUUGGCACUCAACAAGACCAUCAACACCCUCCGUGAAUACUCUAUGAGUAUUGAGGACUUUACUUACACCAACCACAAGAUUGCUGAUGAAAUUUGGUCAGCCAUGAAUGCAACCCAGUUUCUUGGUGUCUCGGGAUUUGUUGCCUUCUCAGCAAAAGGUGACCGCAUGGCAUGGACACUCAUUGAACAAAUGAUUGAUGGAAAUUAUGUCAAGAUUGGUUAUUUUGAUACCCAGACCGAUAAUUUGACAAUACUAAACCAAGAAAAGUGGACAGAUGGGAAGCCACCUCAAGACCGUACAAUCAUAGUUCGCGUGCACCGCAAAGUGUCACUGAGCCUCUUUGCUGGAAUGUGUGCAGUGGCCUUCAUCGGUGUUGUCUGGGCUGUUGGCCUGCUUAUAUUCAAUUGGAUAUUCAGGCAUUCAAGGUACAUACAGCUUUCCCAUCCCAUGUGCAAUAACAUCAUGCUCAUCGGCAUCAUCCUGUGCCUGGUGUGUGUCUGUCUGCUUGGCCUGGACGGGCAGUUUGUCAGCGAGUUCAGAUAUGCACACAUCUGCCAGGCUCGCUCGUGGUUCCUGGCCAUUGGGUUCACGCUGUCGUUUGGUGCUAUGUUCUCAAAGAUAUGGAGAGUGCACCGUCUUACGACAAAGUCCAAGUCCGAAAGCAAGGGCCUGUCUUUCCAGCGCGUGGAGAGCUGGAAGCUGUAUGGGAUGGUGGGCGGCCUCGUGUUGGUGGAUGCAGUGAUCCUGUCUGCCUGGCAGCUGGUGGACCCCAUGCAGCGCCACCUCGAAGUCUUUCCUCUCGAACCACCUGCCCUCUCUGAUGAGGAUGUUCGCAUUGAGCCUGCCCUCGAGCACUGCGAGUCACGCAAUCAUGCCAUCUGGCUCGGCGUGAUGUACAGCUAUAAGGGCUUGUUGCUCAUAUUUGGCAUCUUCCUUGCAUAUGAGACACGGAGUGUCAAGAUCAAGCAGCUCAACGACUCACGCCUCGUUGGCAUGAGCAUAUACAACGUUGUGGUGCUGUGUCUGAUCACGGCGCCAGUCACGCUGGUGAUUGGCAGCCAGCAGGAUGCCACCUUUGCAUUUGUCGCCCUAGCCAUCAUCUUCUGCAGUUUUCUCUCCAUGGCACUCAUCUUCGUACCCAAGAUUAUAGAGCUGGUGCGGCGGCCCCGCGAGCGUGCGGACGUGCGGAGCCUUAUGGACACCAUCACGAGCAAGGAGGAGGAAGAGAGGCACCAGCGGCUGCUUGCAGAGAAUGAGGACCUCAAGAAGCAGAUUGCUGAGAAGGAAGAGCAGAUACAAGUACUGAACCAGAAGCUGCAGGAGCGGCAGCGGCUGGCCCACCAGACUGCAUUGCCUGCUAGUGGCGAGAGGGUGCGUAUUGCACUGCCACCCACCUAUGCGGAUGGCCUGCUGGCCCCCAAGGAGCCCGUGGCCAUUGACCCCGUCUCUGAUUCUGGCUUUGUCACGGGCACCUCCCUGGUUGGCCGUGGCUCACGUCUCUCCCGUUCAGACUUUGAAUUCUCGGAGUCAUACCUUUAAUCCGUGACGUACCAUCAGGCUGCACAACACCCUGUGUGGCUGUUGGAGUUUGCCAUUUGAGUAUGAGGCCCUGAAUGGCUAAUGUACAAACUUUCAUAAGAGAUUUCUUUGCAUAGGGGUUACCUAGGAGAGGAUGAGCAGCAAAUGGUGGCUUAGUUCUGUAACUGUCAACCCUCAUGUUCCCUUUGUCUUGUGCUGCAGUUCAGAAAGAGGGUUGUUUUCAGGGUAGUCUUGCCCCCAUCUGUGAGAUUAGCGCUGGUGUGCUUUGGUGGCUUGUUUCUGCUCGGCAUAUUCUCCUGGCAUCCUAUUAAGUAAGGAGGCUUGAAGAAUAGAUCCUGCAGGCUACAGCUCUGGAGGCACUUGCCUUGUAUUUUUAAGAAAUGACAAAAACAGUGAAACAGGAGACAACAGCAGGAAACUAAAGUAUUGAUUUCAUUUUAUUUAAAGAAAAAGAAACAUUUUCCUGAAGGAUCUGCACAGAUCUGUAUCCUACGGAGUAACCUGACUGCUCUGUAUGCAUUUCUUUUUACUUCGGACUAAGUUGUGCCUUUUUGGCCAAGGUUUCAAAUACUCACUGCCACCAGUGGCCUUGGUUCCCACUGGUGAUGAGUUGCUUUUUUUUUUUUUUUUAUUUACACAUUCAAAAAUAUUGUACCCUAGCAUUUCAUUGCACAAUGAACACUGCAAUUCCUCUUCACUCUCCUUCAUACCAACAAGUUUUGUUUUCCUAUUGUUCUCCUAAGUCCACAUUUCACCAUUCAAGGUGGCAAGCAUUUUGGUUCUCGCAGCGUUGUCAUAGCAUGAAAAUAUUUAUCAUCCAGCUGCCUGCUCAUAAUUUUAGUCAUUUUUGACAUGGUUUUUGCAGUGGUCCUUUCUCUUUCAACUUUUUCAUAUAUAUAUAUAAUCAGUCAAAAGAUUUUAUUUUUAGCUCAUUUACAAUGUUCAUUUUCUGUGUGCUUUUCUUGGCAUCAGUGGUUGUUGCUUUUCCUCUUGUAGAAGCCUUACAAGCUAGCUUGCUUCUUAGAGAAGCUUUUGCAUACAGGCAGUGAUGAUUCUUUAAUGCUUACUGUUAUCCAUGUAUAAUAAUGUUUUCCUUGUACUAAAAAAAAAGCAAAUAAUAGGGAGCAAAUUUUAUAAGGCUGCAUGAUACCGCAGCUAGUGAUGUUUUAUUCACCUCACCACAAAAGCAAGGAUGAGAGUCAAGUGUUUAUGAGGUUUGCUUAUUAUGUUACUACCAUAAAAUCCCAAGCAAGCGCUCGAACAGCCAGGCAAACAUCUCCAGCUUCAUUAAAAUGUUUAUCUCUCUCUCUCUCCCCCUCCCCCUUACAGAGAAGGAUAAUCUGACAAGAUAUGGAGGGGGGCGCUUGCUCGGUCUCAGAUUAAAAUUCAAGGUGGUAGAAGAGCCGCACAUGCUUCCAGUGAAAUGCUUUAUUGAAUACGCAUGCAUUCACUGUCAUUAUUCAUCCUUGUCGGGCGAAUAAAAACAGUGAACGAAACAGCGAAAAUGGCAGGAAGGCAGGGGGGCCGCUUGUUCGGUUGUGGGCGCAUAUUUCACAUCUCCCGGAAAAGGGAAGGGGGCGCUUGCUCGGGAUUUUACGGUAAGUUAAACGUGCAGAAGAAGAAAACAUUCAGGGAUGUAAUUGCCUAACAAAAACAAUUACUGUGCCACUUCAUAGCAUUAUUUUGUGUUGUUUCUUUCUUUUUUUCUUUUUAGGUAUUCUUACUCUAUUUACUAACUCUAUAGUACUAGUCAGUGCAUAAUUGUAGUUCAGUCUGACUGAACAUUCUGAACAGUCCAGCUGCAACAGAAUGUGGUCAUAUUCCUAAACCUAGAAGCAUAAGUGACAAAAGCUAGCCUAUAUCUUCAAAGCAAGUCUCAAAAGCUGCAGAAUACAAAGGAAAGACCCUUUGCGGUGAUCUUGCGCUACACACGCACUCAUGCUGGUGUUUCGUAUCUGACAUCGAACGCAGCUGCUUCUACCACCUAUUCCUCACAAGCUGUGUCCUUAUUAGCAUGCUGACUGCAUGGUGGUGUUGGCAAACCAGCCUACAGCAAUUUUCAGAUUUUAGCCUUAAAUUUUAGUCCUGUCUUUCUACGCUGCUCAGAAAUUCGCUGUUUACUUGCUAAACGCACAAAAACAGGGGCACGAAUGCCAGAACUUGAGUAAUGGCUACGAAGUGAACUCCAUGCAUUAUGCAUAACGAGCAAAUGGGAGAGUAAUUGCAAAAAGAGCAUUUAUUUAGUUCUGCAUGAUUGAAAGUAAUGAUUUCAAGCUUGCUCAGUUUAAUCCAAUCUGCAAUUUUCUUUGUCUCUGUUGUGCAAGUCGGUGUGCCAUCACAAAUGAAGACAUCGUGUUCAUUUGUGAUGUGUUCCUUUUCAAAACAGUCUCCUAAAUUGUAAUGGACACCCUUAUGCAUUCAAAGUGAAAGCAAUGUGAAUGCAUACUUUGACAUAUGAAGUAAAGAAGCAGCAAUUACACAGCUAAAAUAUUCAACGUGCGUACUGCUUUUAGAAUGUUGACAUCUCCUAGGCAGAACAAACAUGACCGCUUUUAUUUGUUGUGAGUCGCCCGUUUUUGUUUUUGUUGUUUAAUGCAUGUUCCAGCCUUUCAAACUUUCUGUUGUAGAGCACAUUGUCCUGUUUAUUUUAGCAUUCUUUCUUGGUGUUGCUUUGUGGUACUGUUACAUAGUAUGUUGUUUGUUGUGUUUGAGAACAUAUUUCAAUUUUAAGCUGCUUUAUAUCUUCAGGAGUUUAUGCACUCAAGCGUAGCACUGACUUUUUCUUCUCCCCAGAACCGAUUCUAAAGCUUCAAUGAAAGUGUGCCAUUGUAUCCACUAUAAACAGAACACUAGGUGAGUCUGAGAACUGUGAUAUGGUACACACUUGCACUACAUGAAGUAUGUGCAAUAAACACUGCAUCAGUGUAAGAUUUCAUACUUGCCAGUCACCUUCAGGUAGUGUGCACCUCUAAGUGCUUUUGUGCCCCAAAAUAAUCAAGAUCCUGCAUUCCCGAAUGUUGAGGAGUCACAUUUUUUUGUAAUCUCAUUGAAUUUCAAUUUUCAUCAUGUCUGUUGUACAAAAUCAUUACGCACCUUGGGGCUGGCUUCCCUGCUUGAGCAAAUAUAUUUUAUUAUGUGUUCCGGCAUUUUCUAUCUAGUCCAGUGGGGAGAAUGUGCCAGCUCACAUUUGUUACAGCAGGCUGCGCUCAAUACGAGUGUUUUGACAGCAGCCUGAGCAAUGGUUAGUCAUUUGCAUCCCCAUAUUUUUUUAAUUGACCUUUCAAAAUACAAUUAAACCUGGAUAUAACGAAAUUGACCGAUUCCCCCCAAAAAUUGUUACAAACAGGUUUUUGUUAUAUGCAGUUUCAGCACGAAAAUUCGGAAAAGGAACACACAAAUUAAAAAUUGGGAACUAUAGUAAUAUAAUAAUUUAUGGGAUUUAAUGUCCCGAAACCACGAUAUGAUUAUGAGAGACGCCGUAAUGGAGGGCUCCGGAAAUUUCGACCACCUGGGGUUCUUUAACGUGCACCUAAACCUAAGUACACGGGCAGAGCUCAGCCAGAACAUUUAUUUAGCAGCAAGAAAUUGCAUUAUUUUGCUCUAUUGCUUGUUCGUGAGGGAUGGCAAUACUGCGCAUUCGUAAGACGUCAAUACAACGCUGCUCUGUCAUCGUCUAGCCGUGGCCUUCGAGAUUGGCUCCAGCAACGCGACGGCGGGUUGCCAGAGGUAAUUGCGGAGGCCGCGGUCUAGCGAACACGCGUCGUGGCGCAAGACGGCAAAGCGCGUGAUGAGUCGACCUCCAAAGAUUCGUCGUUGUCUCAGACAGUUUCCACGAGCGCCUAAUCUGACAUCUCCUCGGCAGUGAUGGCGCAGUCCUCCGGGGAAAAAAAAAAAAAAAAGUCAAUUAAAUCACAAAGCCACACGUCGUAGCUGCUCCAUGCUCGUGUAGUGAAACUAUGCACGUACGCACGGCGUCUAAAAGAAGAGCAAACGACACUGAUACCACGGAAUAUUCAGAAAAGCACUCUCCAUAUGCGGCGUGAACUCGAACCGUAAUGACACGCAGCAAGGAUUUUUUUUUUCUUUUUAGUGGCGUCACCUGGUGUCACGUUAAUGAAGUGCAGUUCAGGGGCUACUGCAACUACCGAAGAGUGAUGCUGCCAACGCAAAAGGCAAUUAAAAAUUUUUGUUUUUUAAGAAAAGCGGCGCGGUUAGCGUGGUGGCACCCACGAGCGGCUGGAUGAGGUUUGAAGGGAGGAAGGGAAGCGCAUGCCUGCACAUGUGCUCGCGGCAGCAAGAACACCGGCUUGAGGGGCACAGGUCUACCUGCCCGCCUCGCGCACACCCACAAGCACAAACGAGUACUCGCUCUCGCCUCGCAGUCGCUGGGGCUUCGAGCACACCUUGCGCGACGCCGCCGCUUCGCAAUCUGUUGUCGGCGGGGCACCCGCAGAAGAUGCACGCGGCUCUUGCUUGUGCCAAAAUGACAUAAUUCAGAGUAACACCCCUAGGUUGUCGACGGCGAAAAUUCGUUAUAUCAAGGGUUCCUCCCGCUGCCACUCUGUUAGAUAGAGGUCGCAAAUACUACAUGUGUUUCUAUGGAGAAACGGUGGGGAAUAGAAAAACUUCCCAAUAUCGAGGAAUUCGUUGUAUGAAGGUUUGUUAUAGGCAGGUUUAACUGUAUAUUAUUCUUUCUGCCUGCAAUUUCUCAUGUUUUUAUUGCUUGCCUGCUUGUUUGUUUGUUUUCCAUUGUUUCUGCACUUUCAUUUGAUGUUUUAGUGAAAAUUAUGUUAUGGGAGUGCACAUUGUACCAACACCUCAAUUAUGUGGACUAGUCAUCUAUAUGCUUUUCAAGAGGCUAAUUCAGUACUACUAGACUUGCUUAAAAGAUGGGCUAGAAUGUGAUAACUUUGUUAAUUUAUUCAUCCUUGUUGAUGACUAAAAUUGGACAUUUUCAGCACACAGAAAAUAAUAGCAUUGCAGAGUCCAGAACUGAAGUGUAUUGUAGGCUGUUUAUCAAUCACCAAAAAGUUGUGGCACGAUAUAGCGGUCUUAACAGAUAUGGCAGCAAUGUGUUGAGUCAACAAUGUCAGCUUUGGAGUCGCUACCUAUUUGUGUGCAUGUUCACAUACAGCUUACGCUCAGACAGAAAUGAAAUCAUGUGCAUGAUUUCAUUUUCUCACAGACAUGCAUAUGCUCAUGUAAACAUAAAACACAUGCAUUAUACAAGGCGAGUUAUGAAGAGCCUGUUUCCUUUCUAACAUAAUGCUGAAGUCCUUUGCCUUUUACUUAAUCCCACAUAUCUGGUCAGAGCUUAGCUCGCAGUUGGCUUCCUCACCUCUUGUCAUUUCUUUUCACCUCUGUAUUUUUUUUCACCCACUGUGGCUGAAGUCCAGUGCAUCUGGCCAAUGGGCUAUGUCAUGUUGCUUUUAUUGAAGCACCACAAGAGGGGUAUGAACAACAUAUUUAUUUUUAUAAUGUGUUUCACAGCGUAUUUAUUUACCUAUGGAACAUCAAAAGGUCAGUCCCUGGGUUAUGUUCACAGAUGAACAACAUAUUUAUUUUUAUAAUGUGUUUCACAGCCUAUUUAUUUACUUAUGGAACAUCAAAAGGUCAGUCCCUGUGUUAUGUUCACAGUUGCUUUACGUAUGCAUAUAUACUAUAUACAAGUAAAACUUUAUUUUGUGCAUUUCAAUGACACUUACAUUUUAGCAAUAUAAAGUCACGCAGUUUGUGGAUGUUAAUAUAAAUGCCUUGCACUGUUGCAAAUUUAUACCACUCGGUGCAGAAUGCCUAGUUGGUAUUAGUGGAGUUGAUGUUGCGCAAGAUAAAGCGAUGAAAAUUUCACGUUGACGGAGCAUGCGACUGCUUUUAGUACUAUCGAAUUGUUAUGUGAGCAGUCAUAUUGUUUAUCAAGGUGGCCUGUGAAAAGGUGUUUGGCUGCCACUUGCACUAUCUUUACACUGGUGAUAUGUCCAGCCAUGGUAAACGUUUUAUGAAUCUACUGCUUCAUGUGCACUCGCAGCCUAGGCCACCACAUAAACGAAAGCAGUGUUAAAGAGGGAAAAAGUAUACAGACCAUGUUUUAUCACAAAUAUAGCUGUAGGAUGGUUAAAAAAUAUCUUCCUUGAAAUUGUCAGUCACUCCCUGUGGCAUCUGACCACAGCUAGUCAAACGAAAGCUUAUCUCUAAUCCUCCCUGUUCAAGCACACUCGAAACAAAUGUUUGCAUUAAGCAACUUCUCAACUGGUUUAAAUGAAAUUCUGCAUUGAAAAUAGAAAAGGAAAUACUGUAACUUUAGUGAGGAAUAAGAGAGUAUUGGUCUUAUUUAGGAUUUUCUUUUUUCUCUGGCUAAAGUGAUUUUAAAAAUUAGUACAUUUCCUACAAAUUUUGCUUGUAAGUUGCUGUAUGUUUUUGUAUAGAAGAAAAAGAGACAUGAACUCUUGGGUUUCACAGGUGGUGUGAUCCACCUCUGUUUGGGCAUGAAAGAGAUUCGGAAAGCGAAACUUCGACAUUCUUAUGAAAUUUUCUCUCUUUAUAUACACAUUUUUCCGCUGAAAAAAUACCAGAAGAGAAAUGUACUCCUCUCACAUAAUUUAAGGUAUCUUUAUACUUCGAGCCACUUCACAAGUGGGUCCCACUUCAGGGCACCUUAAUGGUGCACUUGGUAAAAGGGUCCUUUGCAGGGUCCCUUCAGAAAGUGUUAUGCACUGGAGGUCUUAAAGCACCAUCCAAGGAGUGUGCUGCUGCAUAGAUUUUUAAAAAGGGCUUAGUGGUAGUGGCAAUAGAAGAAAAUGAAAUGUUGAGAAGCACUGUUGUGAGGAGGAAAGCUACUAUGCCGAUGGCAGUCCUUUUCACAUUUCCUCGAUUAGCACCUGCAAGUGAUAUCCUUUCCCUGCCUUUGCUCGUGCAAGAGUCAAGAGCAUGUGCAGGCUCUCCUUUGUAUACUUGGCUGUUUUUACAGCAUGCAGAGGUGUAAUAAUUUGCAGACACAAUCUUUAACACAUGAUUUAAGGCAGUGUGUGCAAGAACAUUUGUGCUUGCAAAAAACAAGAAAAAAAAACAAAAACCUGUCACCUUGGUGCUUAGAAAGGAACAGCAAAUCUCGCUCCAUCUAUUUGCACAUUAGUGAACUCUACAUAUUUGUUGGUUUACUAUACUAAAAAGUCAGAUUUUUUUAAAAUUGUUGUGGACACUGCCAAACAAUGUACAUGACUUUUGCUGUUUGCACGUUCAUGCUGCAGUGACAAGCACAUGAGCAUCUUAGAAUUUGAGGUUGAAAGUUGCACCAAAUACAAGUUCUGGUCUUUUUCUAUUUGUUGUUUUGAUGAUAGUAGGAUAAUGGUGAAGGUGUUAUUUAAAGCAUCUCCUUUAUAGUGUUGUGAAUAAGCUUCUGUGUACUGCUGCUUGUUUCCUUUCACUGCAUGGGCAUUACUCUGCUUUCAAGUUUACUGUAUCCUUCCAUGCUUUCUUUCUUCAUCGCCAGAAUCUUUUACGAAGAUGCAUAUUUUGAUAAUUUAAUAUCUUCUGUAUGCUGCACCUUCUGUGCACACCGUUUCGGUGGAGAAUUUUAAUUGUGUGUCUUUUUAUUUUGACACUAGAUGCCAUGAACUCGGUUUUGGGGUGUUCUUUUCCUCAAGGAAAUGCACGGUGCAUCUAUUCAUUAAUUGAACAAACCCUGGGGCAAGACUUGUGCAGAGUUGGCAAAAGUGGCUAGUCCUGUAGCAGUGUUUAUGAUCUAGUCAUGAAAAAAAAAUAUUUUUUUUGUUGGAGACCUUUCAGCCACAGUGAGCUAAGAGUACAAUAACCCCCUUUUACCAUGCACUAUGACCUCAUGGCUGCGCAUUAAGUAUAUGUGAUGCCACACUGUGCGAACAAAUGUGCAAUUUUAUUCCUAUUGUAUGUAUGCCACCUGUUUCCAGAGAGCUGCUUCAUCAAGUUUCCAGAAAAGAAAAAGACGGCUUUUGUACUUGUUAGGCAUACAAUCCCAACUGUGAUGGAUCAUGUACUCCACUAGGACUAGGACACCCUCGUGCAAUGCGCAUCUCCAUGCCAUGUAGUGGAAGAGCUCUUAUGGAAAGUGGGACUACUAGAUAGCAAAUAAGUGAUGCAAGCUGUUUAUUUUUCUCUUUUCUUUCUUUUAUUCUUUGAAGACACAAAUGCAGGGCACGAAAGCGUGGUUAUGUUGCAGUAGAUAUGCACUUAUAUCAAAAAAUCAUCCACCGGAGUCACAUCUAGUGGUUCUCAUUCACUAGCAGUUGCAGUAGUGCUGUGGCACUCAUGUAGUCAGUGGAAAAUGAAAUUUAUUGCAGCGCUUAUUUUGUGGUUUGUUGAGUUUUGAAAAGAAGCUUGCAGGCCAGUAUGCCCUGCUUGAGCAUUACGUGUAGGCUGUGAGAACACUUGUGGUAGAGUCCACUGUUUCUUGUUAGCAAUGCCGGUCAUUAGUGUGGAACUUGUCCACCCAACUUGUAGAUAACUGUUUAUAAUGCGCGUGUACAGGUUGUUUAAAGAGGCCCUCAUUGCUGUAGAUAUGUAGGCUCUCCUAUCUACACCUACUCGGAAGCGUCUGCCUACGGCAUUGCCUCCUAUGUGUUGUUGUAUGCUUUGCAAAGUGAGGCAACAGCUUUAGGUCUGUCAGAACUUGAUUUUAAUGUGAGGUUAGACUUAAUUUAAAAUAAUGGUCUAGGUUCAGUGAGGCAUGAGCACAGUUAAACUAUAUGUUUAACAAUAUGUGGCAAUGUAUUGUGUUAGUAUAGUAUCAACGAAAACACAUGCAGAUCUUCCUCUAGCCUCUGUGAAUGUGCCCUGGGCGAGAAAGCCACUUCAGCAUGCUUUGGUUGUUGAGCUCUACAACUCCGUGUCGUUGAAGAGCUGACAUUUCAUUCUUGUAGUCAGUCUGUUGUGUUCUGCAUAAUCUGUUCAAAGUGUACGGAUCACUGUUUUAAAAUAAAAGCUGUUACACAGAAACUUGUUCACAGCUCUGCUUAUUCUAUCCUUCUCACUGAUGGUAGUGCCCACUAGGGAGGCUUGAAAGUUAGCAGAUUAGGCAGAUGUAGCAUACAUUUUAGGUCACUUUAUUGUGUGUAACUGCUAUGGUCAUGAUAUAAGAGUAUUAUGCAAGACUAUAUUAUGGCUUCCAGGAACAAACCGUUCUCAUGCUGUGCUGCAAGAUUUGUCAGCUAUGCUGCAAGUUAUCAGUAGACAGAUAUGCAGGACUGCUGCUAAAUUUUGCUAAACAUCACUUUUAAGCAUUUGUUAAUCUGGAAUGAAAGUAUUAUGCGCCUUAACGAUAUGCAAAUGUGCAAUAUUGCCAGAUGGCAGAGCAAAAUUGCCCCGACUUAUCAUUGAUGCCUAGUGGUGUGAUGCCAGCAUGCAUCACCAUCAAUUCAUGUUAUGUGCAUUAGACAGUUUAAGAUGACCUAUCAUUGAUACUAGACAACAAACAGAUUGUUGAACACAUGAUGUGGAAUGAUGCUAGAGAACCAACAAAAUUGUUUACUAAACAUCUUGGCUGUUGCUGCUCGAUUUAGUUUCUGUCCACACACAGCUGUGUUUUGUAAAGCAAGUUUCUUGUACAAGUUCCCAACAACGGUUGUGCAUGUUUUGUGCUGCAUAAACCACUUGGGCAUCUUUUUGUACACUGCACCAGUAACUAGAUUCUGUCUGGAAAAUAUUGCAUCCCUGUCCAGUCCAGCUGUAUGACUGUGUCUUAAGUGUAAAUCAUUUGUGUUUGUUCCGUAAUGUUUUGUAAAGUUUGUGUACUGCCAAAUAUUAGAUGCCAAUAAAUUGCAUUACCAUU